CGCUGGUCAGGGUGUAAAGGUCGGUGCUGGCGCUGUUUGCACACGGAAGUGGCACCGUCCCCGUGUGUCCCUGUCCCGUCCCGGCGGGGCCUCCUCCCGGCUGGCACAGCAGGGAAGGACAGGAGAACAUCCAUGGGGUUCCAACCCUCCCUGUCACCCCUGUCACCACAGACCUCGCCGUGCUGGGAUGGCCCCGGAUGCCUGAGCCCCCCUGGCCCCUCCCCAGCCAUGGAGACCGUGGUCAUCGUGGCCAUCGGGGUGCUGGCCACCAUCUUCCUGGCGUCCUUCGUGGCGCUGGUGGUGGUGUGCCGGCAGCGGUACUGCCACCCCAAGGACCUGCGCCACCACUACGACACCAAACCCAUCGUGGACCUGAUGGGGACCUCGGAGACGCCGUCGGAGCCCUCAGAGCUGGAGCUGGACGACGUGGUCAUCACCAACCCCCACAUCGAGGCCAUCCUGGAGAACGAGGACUGGGUCGAGGACGCCUCGGGUCUGGUGUCCCACUGCAUCGCCAUCCUGAAGAUCUGCCACACGCUGACAGAGAAGCUGGUGGCCAUGACCAUGGGCUCGGGUGGCCACGUGAAGUCCCCUGCCAGCCUGGGUGACAUCAUCGUGGUGGCCAAGCGCAUCAGCCCCAGGGUGGACGACGUGGUGAGAUCCAUGUACCCACCGCUGGACCCCAAACUGCUGGACGCCAGGGCCGCGGCGCUGCUGCUGUCCGUGAGCCACCUGGUGCUGGUGACACGCAGCGCCUGCCGCCAGCCCAGCGCCCGCACCUGGGUCGAGCGGUCGCUGGCGGCGGCCGAGGAGCACAUGGCCGUGCUGCGCCAGGCUGCCAUGGCCACCGAGACGGAGCGGCCCCCCGGCCCCCCGGAGCACGGCCGGCAGGAGCAGUCGGCCAUCUGAGACCCCCCGCCCCCAAUAAAGGACCUGUGCAACCCCCCAGUGAGGGGGGAUCUGGG